UCCUAUAACCGAAUCAGGUUUUGAGGCUCAAUAACAUUACACUCCUAAAAAUCGAAUUAUUCACAGAGCAAGCAGGAUGAAGGCGAAGGAACACUUUACCAAACCCAGUUUGGCGAGAGUAGCAGAGCGUUGCUUCAAGUCGUCGGUUAUGUUUGAUCCCUUUGACAAAGAGGGGGGUGUUCUGAGAUUCCAGACCAAUUCCAUGAGCUUUUACCAGAAGAUGAAUAUAAGACAGAACUGCAUUGAAGGUAACCUGCUCAAGAAUGAUCAGGUCAAGCUGGAGAAGAUGAAAAACCAGAAUUUGAGAGCUUUGAAAUGGGAAUUUAUCGAGUUGAGACAUGACAUGAGGCAAUACAAUGAUCACAUCCGAUUGAAAAUAAAGCGACGAAAAGAAGAAUAUGCGAUGAAGAAGGAGAAGAAACGGAUGGAAGAAGAACUGAGACAGAAGUUAGAGGAAAAAGUAAAUGAAAAUCAGUCAUGUUUAUCACCUCAACUUUUUUCACCCCCUAACUGCCUAACUCCAUCCGGGAAUUCAUGUGAAAACUCUAAAAGAGAUAAAAAAGAUAAAACUCGGCAAAGGAAGAAAAUGCCACGUCCCGCUGAAGUCAGAAUCGGACCAGAGCUGAUGAACGAGCUAGGACUGACUGGCGUAGAGGUCCCCCAAGUCGACGGGAGCUGGGGUAAAGUCAGCAGGACUGCACUCAGCUUGCAUCGUAAAUGGGACCGUGAGAGAAACGAACAGCAGCGUAAAAAGCCACCUAAAACAGCAGUCUCAGAUCCAGGAGCGACUGAACGCAGAGGAAGCAAUGGAUCCAUAGGUUACGAACCAGCCAAAUCUCCUGACAGAAUACGAACCUCCACCAAAUCAAAUAAAUCGUACUUCAGCUCCUGUCUAGCUCAACCCUUCUCUUACGAAGAGUUUGCUGACAGGAAGAUAAGUUGCAAGGAAAAUGAACAGAUGUGGAAGACACAAUUAAGAGACCCUCAUCCUCGCAUUUACAAACGGUUUACAGUAAGCGGGGAGGAAAACUCGAUAGCUCAGCGGCAGUUCACUGAACGGAACCUCGAGAAAGCAAAGCAGACUCGCACGGAGGAGCGCCAAGACCGGAGAAACACCAAGGUCGCAUCAAGCGGGGUGAAAGAUAAGAUCACAAGGAUGAAAUUCACCAGCUCCAAAAUGUUGGAAGAGAGGGCAGAGUUAGAUAGAAAGCAGGAAGAGGGAAGAUUGCAGACUGAUAAGCGAAUUCAGCGACACAAAUAUCAAGAUAAAAAUAUAAGUGUGGCGGAUAUUAGUGCGUCAAGACCUUCUUAUUUAAGGUACAGAUUUACUGAAACAAACUGUACAGAGGCUGAGAGGUGGUUCCAAACUUGAUCUUAGAUUUUGAUAAAAAAUAACAUGGGAAUUAUUGUCUAUUUUGUCGAGAAAACAUAUUUUCGCUUAUUAUUGAGUCAAUUGGAUCAUUUCGGGUUUUGCCAGAAAUUUUUAAUACAGUUCCAUCAUUAACUACCAGGUAGCGCUUUCUUUGUUACCUGCGGAGCAUGCAAGGAAAUGUCGAGCAGCCUAUUAUGUAUUCACUUGUUGACUUAUAUUCAGAUUUAAUAA